CGACAUUAUAAAUCCUUUUGAGAGAGACAAGCUACAUCUCAAAAGAAAGCUUACUGAUAUCAAAAGUCACGGUUCCUCCAUCACACUAACAAUGGCCUCUUCAUCAAUCAAGCAAGAUAUAUAUCGGUCCUUCAUCUACGGGGAAGGUGAGAAAGAUACCCAGUGGCGUCAUGGUGCUCCUCCCAACUUUGAUGUUGUCAACAAGCUCUUUGAAGAAGGUCGAACUCAGGAAUGGCCUGAGGGAUCACUUGAGGAGAAAGUGCAGCGCUUAGUGAAAUCAUGGGAAAUGGAGAUGUUUCACAAAAUUAGGCCGCAAGAUCUCAAAACUGUCAACCUCGACAAGUUUCGUUUCUGCUUGAAUGGAGGGAAGAUUUUAACUAUACAAGAUAUUAAAGAAAUGGGAGGAGCCUACAAUGCUUUUCUGCAAACCACUCUACCUGAGAAUCUUCGGAUUUAUGAUCCAACGAAAGAAACACGGGAGUCGGCUCAUGAAAUUUUCAACACCGUGUUCCCUCGCGGGUUUGCGUUCGAGAUACUUCACGUCUACAGCGGUCCACCAACAAUUGUGUACAAGUUUAGGCACUGGGCUUUUAUGGAAGGCCCUUUCAAAGGGCUUGCUCCCACUGGAGAUAAGGUUGAACUUUUUGGAAUUUCAAUCUUUAAGAUUGAUAAAGACAUGAAAAUUGAAAAUGUCGAAUUUUUCUAUGACGGAAACGCAUUCUUGGCAGGCUUUCUCAGCGGUGGACAGAGAGACGAUUACUCAACAGCUUCUAUUGGUUGCCCUUUCAUGAGUACUAAAUGAAUCAUUCAAAAAUAUUAUGUAUGAUUAUUACGCAUUCAACACCUUAUCGUGUCUUUCAAAGUGUGGUUAACGAAAACUGUUAUUCAUAGUUAUGUAUUAUGUAUUUCCAAAUUAUAAUGUACUUGUUAUGAAUAAUCACAAGAUAUUUUCUUAUUCAA